AUGUAUAAUGUUUGUGAUGACUUUGGUGGCAGUGGUAGUGCCAGCAAUGGCAGUAAUGGUUGUGAUGACUGUGAUGGCAGUGGUAGUGCCAGCAAUAGUGAUUAUGGUUGUGAUGCCUGGGUUGGUAAUGGUAGUGCCAGCAGUUGUGGUAAUAGUUGUGAUGGCUGUGGUGGGAAUAGUACUUCCAGGAGUAGUCUUAAAGGUUGUGAAGACUGUGGUGGCAUUGGUAGUGCCAGCAGUGGUGGUAAUGCUUUUGAUGACUUUGGUGGCAGCGGUACUGUCAUCAAUGGUAGUAAUGGUUGUGAUGACUGUGAUGGCAGUAGUAGUGCCAGCAGUGGUUGUAAUGGUUUUGAUGACUGUGGUGGCAGUGGUAUUGCCAGCAGUUGUGUCAUCACAACCAUUACCACCUCUUCUGGCACUUCCACUGCCACUUCAGAUAUCACAACCAUUACCACCACUGCUGCCACUACCACUGCCACAAAAAUCAUCACAAUCAUUACCACUACUGUUGGCAUUACCACCAUCACCACAUUCAUCACAACCAUUACCACCAAUGCUGGCCCUACCACUGCCACCACAGUCAUCACAACUAUUACAUACUAG